UUUUUUUUAGUUCCUUUUAUCAAAAAAAAAGGGGUACACUUUUUCAUAUACGAUUGUCCAAACUCCGCUGUCAGUUCAUACAGUUUGAGCAAAGAAUCCAACAAGUCUUUCCUUCUCUCCCCCUCAUACCCUUUUAAGGAAAAUAAAAAUGUCUGCUGAACUUGCUGUUGUCUACGCCGCUCUUAUUCUUCAAGACGAUAAUGUUGACAUUACCGCUGACAAGCUCCAAACUCUUGUCAAGGCUGCUGGUAUUGAUGUUGAACCCAUUUGGUUCUCUUUGUAUGCCAAGGCUCUUCAAGGUCAAAAUCUCGGUGAACUUCUUUUGAAUGUUGGUGCUCCUGGUGCUGGUGCCGCUGUUGCCGCUGGUGCCGCUGGUGCUGCUGGUGCCGCUACUGAUGCUCCUGCUGAAGAAGCCAAGGAAGAAGAAAAGGAAGAAUCCGAUGAUGAUAUGGGUUUCGGUCUCUUCGAUUAAACGAUGGAUUAUAAUCUUUUAGUUUAGUUAUCUAUACAUUUGAAACAUCCCCCCUUAGAUCCAGCAUAUCAAUUCAUACGAUUGCAU